AUGACUGGCUGUGAAAUACAACCUCCAAAGAUCCCUGGGAAUUACUCUGCAAGAACUCAGAAACGCUGGUCUUCAACAUCUUCAAGAAACAGUUUUGGUUCAACAACAAUUGAUGGUGUUCAUGCUCACCUCUCCCCAAAUCAUAUCUUCCCUGCUCAGUUAUACUCUACAGAAUCCGGUCGUUUGUUCCAUGCUGGUAAAGUUUUGAUCGCUUUGGUUGGGCUACCUGCUAGAGGUAAAACUCAUUUAGCUGUUAGUAUUACUCGUUACUUGAGAUGGUUGGGUGUUAAGACUCAUGCGUUCCAUGUUGGUGAUUACAGACGUAAAACUUAUGCUAAUUUUGAAGAUGAUAUCCCACAAGAUUACUUCAAAGCGGUACCGAAUACUGAGAGAGGUGUUGAACUUCGUCAAAAGAUCUUAGAUGAUUGUUUAAGUGAUGUUACAAGAUUCUUAGAGGAUGAAAAAGGUCAAGUGGCAAUCUAUGAUGCAUUAAAUGCUUUACCAAAAGAUAGACUUGAAUUACAAGAGAUGUUUUCUAAAAAGAACAUCAAGGUCUUGUUUAUUGAAUCAAUUGUGGAUGAUGAGGACCUUAUUGCAAAGAAUGUCGCUAAUGCUGCUUCUUCACCAGAUUAUAAAGGAUGGGAUCCUAAACUAGCCAAGAAAGAUUAUCUUGAAAGAAUCAAAGCUAAUGCCCCUAUUUACAUAAAGAUGAAUGAAGGUAAAGAAGAUGAAACUCAUUUGAGUUAUGUCAAAUUUGUGAACUUUGGUGAGAAACUUGUCAUGAACAAUAGUCAAUAUGGUUAUUUGAUUAAUAGAAUCGUUUUCUUUUUGAUGAAUUCCAAAAUCAAAAGUGGUUGUGUUUAUUUUGCUAGAUGUGGUAAGUCAGAUUUGGAUAAAUAUAUAGAUGAUGAACAAUUGAAUAAGUCUGGUUUGGAGUUUUCAGAAAAGUUGAGUUCAAGACUAUUGAAUUAUAUUUCAAGAAGAAAAAAACUGGAAAAGAAGCCUUCAUAUGUGAACACUAUAACUUUGGAAUCAACCGGUUCUUCUUUGAAUUCAAGCAGUGAAGCUUUAAACAAUCUAGGGAAACAUGAAGUGAGACAACCUCCAAGAGCCGACGGUAGUAGUGAUGAUUCAUUUGUUGUUUGGACUGCUACAAGAAAGAGAACAUCAGCUACUGCUAACCCUUUCAGAAAGAGAGGUAUCACAGUAAGAGAACGGUAUCAAUUGAAUCAAUUGAACCCUGGUGAAAUUGCUGAUUUGAGUCUUGAUGAAAUAAAGCAAAGAUUCCCUGAUGAUUACAAACAAGAUCAAAAAGAUCCAUAUCAUCAUAGAUAUCCAAGAGCUGAAUCUUAUCAUGACUUGGCUGUUAGAAUGGAACCUCUAUUAUUGGAAAUGGAGAGAAUGAGUGGUGACAUUUUAAUUAUUGCACAUGAAUCUGUCUUGGCUGUGUUGUAUGGUUAUUUGAUGGCAUGCUCUUGUUAUGAUAUUCCAUCCUUAGAGUUCCCAAGAAAUGAAAUCGUUGAGAUAUCUUAUACACCAUAUGAAAAUAAGGCAACAAGAAUUCAAAUGGAAGGUGUUGAUCCAUGA